CAACUCCAGCCAGCUUAGCUCCCACCAGCUCUGGUUCCCGGGAGGAGAGAGAAAACAGGGUGGAGGGAGAUUACAAAGAAGCACCAUUCCACACCCCAGACCCCAAACACCCAGGCCUGAGGUCCAACAAGCACCCAAUGGACGACAAAAAGAAGAAGCGGAGUCCUAAGCCCUGCCUGACCCAACCAGCACAGGCCUCGGGCACACUGCGCAGAGUUCCUGUGCCCACCAGCCACAGCGGUUCCUUGGCUCUGGGACUCCCUCAUCUGCCAUCGCCCAAGCAACGAGCCAAGUUCAAAAGAAUAGGCAAGGAGAAAUGCCGACCAGUUCUGGCUGGAGGUGGGGUCAGCUCCGCAGGCACGCCCCUGCAACAUUCCUUCCUGACGGAGGUGACAGACGUCUACGAGAUGGAGGGUGGACUGCUGAACCUGCUCAAUGAUUUUCAUUCAGGCCGACUGCAAGCCUUCGGGAAGGAAUGCUCCUUUGAGCAGCUGGAGCACGUGCGGGAGAUGCAGGAGAAGCUGGCCAGACUGCACUUCAGCCUGGACGUGUGUGGGGAGGAGGAGGACGAGGACGAGGAAGACGAUGGGGUAGCCGAGGGCUUGCCUGAGGAGCAGAAGAAGACGAUGGCUGACCGCAACCUGGACCAGCUGCUUAGCAAUCUAGAAGAUCUUAGCAAUUCCAUGUAUCCUUCCCAAGGGGCUUGAUGGGAAUUCACGUGUCUCUCAGUCCUGCUGACUCAGAAUUAGCCACAGACCGCCCCCACCUCAGAAGAGGAAUGUGGAAUUUCCCGAGUCCUAAGAGAAAAGUGCGUCAGGUGUGGUGGCCCAAAACUUUAACCCCAGUACCCAAAAGGCAGAGGCAAACAAACGGAUCCGUUGCGUUUGAGGCCAUCCAGAUCUGCACAGUGAGUUCUAGGAUAGGCAGGAUUUAACCCGACGGAAACAGGGCCACAAACGGCUGGGUGGAGGAGAGAAAAGUGCUUGCGGGGAGUAUGGUUUACACACUGAUACAGUAUCUUUUGGGGAGGGUUGUUUUGAGACAGAGUCACACAGUGUAAGCUGACACCAGCACAAGGCUUGUCUGAUGUUCUCCUACCCUUUACACACACACACACUCUCUGGGGUCUGAAGAGUCACAGUCCUUGACUG